AACGAACACCGAUCGUUCUAUUCCCUUGCAUCUUCGUGGGCCUGGCAAACCCGAGAGCCCUCUCCAUGAACCCCUUCCACGAUCUAGUUCCGAUCUUGUGGCGAAACAAACGGCACCACAGUCCGAACAGCCCAAGGACAAGAAAAAAGCCGGGUCUUUCCUGAGCCGAUUCAGUAUGAUCGGCAAUAAGAAAAAGGGAGAAUAUAUCGACGACGAUGUCUCUGAAAUAAGCGAUAUGCGCACUGAGGGUGCCAACGCCAUUGCCUUCUCUUCGGAUGUUGCCGGUGGUGGUUAUAUACCUCACCAUAAGGAACCUCCCCGGUACAUCAAGGUUCGGGCACACAAUAAGAAGGUCAAGGAGUUCAACCGGACAUUUCUGGCCCAAGAAUUGGCUGGCACUAAAGUAAGUAAUCACAGCUGGAUCCUAAAAAAUGCGCCAAAUAUUGAUCGUGAUGCGAAAGCGGCCAUCAAUGGAGCGCCUGUCCAGCCUACCAGAGGAUUUGGGCACAAGGACCUCAACACUGGUGGUCCUAUCUGGGCGACUGAAUUCAGCAGGGAUGGCAGGUUCUUGGCAACUGCUGGGCGCGACACAGUUGUGCGAAUUUGGGCCGUGAUUGCGACUCCAGAAGACCGAAAGGCUUUCGAGGAAGAAUCUGUCACCACGGAUGGAGGCGCAGGUGCCCGCUUGAGCGCCCCUGUCUUCCGAACAAAACCGAUCCGAGAGUUUACAGGCCACGAUGGUGAGGUGUUGGAUUUGAGUUGGAGCAAGAAUAACUUCCUGUUGUCGUCGUCCAUGGAUAAAACUGUCCGUCUAUGGCAUCUAAGUCGGAACGAAUGUCUAUGCACAUUCAAGCACAAAGACUUUGUUACUUCAAUUGCUUUCCAUCCGCGGGAUGACCGCUUCUUCCUCGCAGGGUCGCUUGACUCCAUUUUGAGGCUUUGGAGCAUUCCAGACAAGUCUGUAGCCUACUCAAGCCAAAUCCCCGACCUUAUCACAGCCGUCGCGUUUUCUCCAGACGGGAAGACAAGCAUCGCUGGCUGUCUGAAUGGCUUAUGCACAUUCUAUGAAACAGAAGAAUUGAAAUUCGAGACACAGAUGCAUGUCCGGUCGUCGAGAGGCAAGAACGCCAAAGGGAGCAAGAUCACCGGCAUUCAAACCAUUGCCUCCCCGCCCGGACACCCUGAUGGCGAGGUGAAGGUUCUGGUAACAUCCAAUGAUUCUCGCGUACGCAUUUACAAUCUCCGCGAUAAGGCUCUGGAAUUGAAGUUUAAAGGGCACGAGAAUACCAGCAAUCAAAUUCGGGCAAGUUUCAGCGAUGACGGCAACUAUGUAAUUUGUGGCAGUGAAGACAAGAAAGCCUUCGUAUGGUCAACUGGGCCGUCACAGUCUGACAACAAAGACAAGCGGCCUUGCGAACAUUUCGAGGCACACUCCACAAUAGUCACUCAAGCGAUAUUUGCCCCAACUACUACCCGUCAGCUUCUCCAGGCAUCACUAGAUCCGCUCUUUACGCUCUGCAACCCCCCGCCAGUCACGCUACUCAGCAGGGAAGAGGCCAGCAUGAGCCAGACUACACUGGGCCAAGACGUUGUCCCAGAGAAAUUGCCACAAAUCAAAAAGCCGGAAGAAACACCUGCGUUUAUAGCUCGGUCGAAGCACCUUGAUGGCAAUAUCAUUGUGACAACGGAUCAUUCUGGCAUUCUCAAAGUCUUUCGUCAAGACUGUGCCUUUGCGAAAAGAAGGCAUGAGAACUGGGAGACAGGGUCAACUUUCUCGCGGAAAAUUGGUAGAGACGGCUAUCUUGGCAGAACAGGAAGUGUUGUGACGCGGACCAGUGCAGGUAGCCGAGAACCACGCUCGCGACGUGGUUCGGUAUCACAAGCCCCCUCUGGACUCGGGAUAGGGACUCCACAGCUCAACUCGGAGCGGAUCAUGUCGUGGCGGCAAGGCGUUGAAGGCACACCAUCGCGGCCAAACUCAAUUGCGAUAGCGACUCCUGCCAGAAGCGAAAGGUCGAUAAGUCCCGCGAAGGCAAGGACCUCAUUCAUACCGAGCGCUACCAAUCUAGCCUCGGAAGCCAGACGACAGCCCUACGCAAGCUCUUUAGCGUCACCACCACUUCAGCCCACCAGUCCAGCCUUGAGUGUGACGUCGGCUGACAAUGACCGCCUCACUACACAGGAAAGGGAUAGGGCAAGACAACCACCCCCACCGAGCUUCACUUUUAGAAGUAUGGACGAAGAUGUGGAUAGUGGGCUACGUCUCGAUCCUGCCGGGGCUAGCUAUUCUUUCUGGAAUCUGAACCGAUGGCGAGGUUUGGGGAAUCCCCUCAAAGGAGGGAGUAGCAGUGGUCCAAGUUCGGGGAGUCUUGAUAAAGUACAUGGGCGGACGAACAGUGAGAACCCAGUGACGACACCGUUUGCUCCCGAUUUUGAUGACACGCGCCGUAAAAGCUUAGGUUCUCGCAUAAUACGGUCUGAUACUAGCAGUCCUGAUAAACUUGAUCAGGCCGCGAGAAGGAGGAGUGUGCCGGCCAAUAACAACCACUUGGCUUUGCCUGGUCGACGUCCUGAUUACGACCGCCAGGAGAGCGGUCUCAGCACGUUGACGAGCGAGGGUCCCAGCGGCGCAAGCGACUUUGACGAUGACUUGCGAUGCACAAAGUGUGGUGGCCGUGAAUUCAAAGCCAAGAACGUUAGUGGACAGCAAAGAUUCCUUUGCUCAUCAUGCGGACGGAUGCUUGAUGCUUAGGGGCGUCAUGGGUACUUGACGCGAGAAAUUUAAAGUGACCAAAGAUGGGUUGCAUAAUCCCCGUUGCUGAGGCAUUCGACGCUGUGCAUAGGCACGUGAAUUAAAACAUCGGGGUACGGGGGGCUUAGUUAUAACGAUGAUGAUACCACUUCUUAUACCCUCUGUGCUCGCAGCACAUGCAUAAUUGAAUCUGUCUAGAAUGAAACUCGUGGCAUACUCAUGUCUCUCGGACUUGAAAGACAGACAAGUAGGCGUCUCCUAAAUCCAACUUGGACGUCUUCUGAAUAAAGUUACAAACCACACAUUCGGUG